AAUUAUCAGAGACCAGGCAAGCACUUGAGCUCCCGGGAUUCAAUCAUCUGCCAAAAUUCGUUGGACUCCUGUGUUCACUUUUUCAAUAUCAUACCCCUCUACAUUCCUUUUUCACCUCUGCGUGACACGGGUACGAAGGACGCUUGCGUCUGUUGAUCGCAAGGCCUGUGAAAAUGGGUGUUCCCGACUAUGACAUUGAGAAUGGCGGCGCCGCCUCGUCCGAAAAGCAGACCUAUACCGACACACCAGGUGCCGUUAGAGGCGAGAGCUUUGAAUACGGCAAUGGCUUCUACGCCAAGGUCCAGAGGUUGGCUGGCAAGCUAAAGAUUGAACAACGUGGUAUCGAGCGUGUGCCAGAGGAUGAGCGGAAUGACACCUCCAUUCUCAACGUCGGCUCCAUGUGGCUUGCUGCCAACAUGGUGGUUAGCUCUUUUGCCAUUGGUGUCCUCGGCACUGCGCUCUUUGGCUGCGGGUUUGUCGAUUCCAUUUUGACCAUUUUGUUCUUCAACAUUAUUGGAGCUUUGCCCGUGGCCUACUUUUCAACCUUCGGACCCGUCUUUGGCUUGCGUCAAAUGGUCCUUUCGCGAUUCUGGUUUGGCUGGUAUGGUGUCAAGAUUAUUGCCUUCUUCAACGUGCUCGCAUGUUUGGGUUGGUCUGCUGUCAACGUCAUUGUCGGCGCCGAGUUGAUCCAUACCGUCAACUCCGACGUACCAGACUACGCCGGCAUCAUCAUCAUUGCUAUCAUUACCUUUCUCAUCACCCUCUUUGGAUACAAGGUUGUCCACACUUAUGAGUUCUGGAGCUGGAUUCCUUGCUUCAUCAUCUUCUUGAUUGUUCUCGGUGUAUUUGCUCAUUCGGGCGACUUUUCCAAUGUUCCCUGGACUACGGGCAAAUUCGAGGCCGGAAACGUUCUGUCCUUUGGUGCUACCGUCUACGGUUUUGCCACCGGAUGGACCAGCUAUGCUGCCGAUUAUACAGUCUACCAACCUCCAACCCAAAAUCGGCUCAAGGUGUUCUUGUCCACUCUGAUUGGCGUCUUGUUCCCUCUUUUCUUUACAGAAAUGUUGGGUGCUGCCGUCAUCACUGCCUCCACCACUGGUGAUCCGAACACCAACCCUUACAUGGUGGGAUAUAAAGCCGCUGGCACUGGCGGCCUCUUGGGCGCGGUCCUGGUUCCCCGUCUUGGACGCUUUGGCGAGUUUUGUUUGGUCAUUCUGGCGCUGUCCAUUAUCGCCAACAAUUGCCCGAAUAUCUACUCUGUCAGUCUGAGUUUGCAGGUCAUGGCUCGCUGGACCCAGCGCGUUCCUCGCUUUAUUUGGACCCUAAUUGCUACCGGUGUUUACAUUGCAAUUUCCAUUCCUGGUUACAACCACUUUGAAGCCGUCCUGGAAAACUUUAUGAACUUUAUUGGAUACUGGCUUGCCAUUUACGAAGGCAUCUCGCUUCCCGAGCACUGGUUCUUCAAGAAAGGUAUCUCUGGAUACGUUCCUGAAAAUUAUGAUAAGCCCGGCAAACUUCCUGUCGGUAUCGCCGCUAUAACCGGCUUCCUUUUUGGUGUGCUUGGUGCCGUCAUGGGUAUGGCCCAAGUCUGGUUCAUUGGCCCCAUUGCCAAGCAUACUGGCAAUCCCUUGUACGGUGGCGAUAUCGGCUCCAUUUUGGGCUUUUCUUUUGCGUUCGUCACCUAUUGUGCGAUGCGGCCUAUUGAACUCAAGUACUUUGGUCGGUAAAAUUUCUUGCGCGAGAAAAAUCUUCCUUUUUUGAUUUUAGUUUCAUGUUGGGACAGGAUACCUCUAGACGUUCAGUUUCCUUUUUCCUUUCUCCUUUUUUUUU